AAAACAGAAGAAGAAAAAAAAACGGGUUUACUGGUCAUAGUCAAUACUCCACCGCCCCGCUUUAUGAAUUGCAUCGACCGACGGGUUUACACCACGUGUAUGGACAUCGCAAGUUCCGCACUGUCGGUACAGGACAGCAGGUCGUUGUCUUACAAAAGAAACGAAAUAAACAAACACAAAAAGAAAGUAUAGCAAUAUAUAAAUCCAUGUUGUGUCGGGACAGUUUCUACCUUUCUGUGUCAACUGACAACAAAACACUGCGUCUGCUAGCAUUUGUUGUUUGCUAUUCUAUUUUUAUACUCGAGGGAGGUAAGGCGGCAGAUUUUCACUGCACGGAUUCGGAAUAAUCGACGAGGUGGAUGCAGUGACAGGUGGGGAUGUUGGCUGCAGGUGUAAAUGUUGUUUUACAGAAUAUCUGCUUCGAAAGAUGCUUCGUGGUGGGAUAGAAAUACAGUAUGAUGCAUGAUGGCCAUCCGACUUCCUCUACGAAUGCGUAAAAAGUUUCACUAUCUUUUACUGGUAUCCUGCGUGGUUUUCUCGGGUUUCCUUUUGCUUCCGGUUUGGCGUUGUCCACCGGAAGGAUGCUCGAGUCGGACCGGACCUCACAUUCGGAAGUUUCCGGAAAGGUCGUGGAGGAACGGCAGCCACAAGACCAUCCUCCGCUGGACCGGAUUCUUCGGUGACGAAACCUGGGAGAACACCGACGACCGAUAUCUCCGUGGUUGCAAGGUCAGCACGUGCAGACUGACCAACGACAAGGAGCAGCUCGAUAAUGCCGACGCUGUCAUCUUCCACGCCGGCGCCGUCUUCAACUUCUGGAGGGGAAUCACGUGGCCGCCGCGCAGACGUCCGGACCAGGUGUGGGUUUUGCAGAACGUGGAACCCCCGCCACGUGUCCCGCUCAACAUGGAAGGCCUCGGCGGCAUGUUCAACUGGACGGCGUGGUAUCGGCUCGACUCGGACGUUCCCGUCACUUACGGCGGAUAUCGACGGAAAUUCGAGAAGUCUUCGCACAAUUUCGCCGUCGAGAGACCCAGACUGGCAGCAUGGAUGUCCAGCAACUGUUACGACUUCGCGCGAAGAAUGCUCAUCAUUCGGGAGGUGAAGAAACACCUCCUUAUGGACUUGUUCGGCAAGUGCGGUGGUAAGAGAUGUCCGGAGACGAUCUGCAGCGACACGAUUUCUGUGUAUAAAUUCUUCUUCACCAUGGAGAAUUGCAUCUGCAAAGACUACGUCACAGAGAAGUUUUGGGAAGCAUUAAGACGCAGGCAGGUGCCAGUGGUGAUGGGAGGGGCGCCGUACAAAAAACUGGCGCCGCCUCAUUCUUAUGUAGAUAUAAACGAUUUCAAAGACAUGAAGAGUUUGGCUGAUUAUUUGAUUAAAGUUGGCGAGAACGACGUGGAGUAUAAUAAAUAUUUGGAGUGGACUAAGUCGUACGAGAUUUAUGGCGAGCUAGAGGCUCGGAGAAUUUUUUGGUGCGACCUGUGUGAGGCUCUACACGAUAAAUCACGACCCGCGCAGGUGUACGAGGAUCUGAAUGGCUGGUUCACAGAAAACCCCGAAACGUGCCCCCAGUGGAGUUUACAAAACCAGCUGGGUCGGUGGAUAGAUGGAUUUCUCAUUACUUGGGGACUAAUGUAGCCCUUUUUGUUCUUUGGUGCUAACUGGAAUGCGGUGAAGCGCAAGAAAGAACCAUGCCUGCUUCUAAUCAAACUGUCAAUCAGUGUUACUUAUAGAAAGACCUCAAAACCACUGUUCCCCAGAUAGACAAUAAAUUGGAUCGGGAGUGAGGUUGAGGUAUACGUCAACCUUCCUAGAAAAGGGGCACGGUAAAGUAGUCCACAGCCGACUCUGUUCUCAGAUUAUCACGAAUUGUAGCCACACAGUUGGUCUCUGGUGCACUGGGGCAUUUUAUGAAAAGUGUUAGCAUACGUUGUCAAAUACAAAUACCGGCCUCGUUGGCGUCGUGGUUAGGCCAUCGGUCUACAGGCUGGUAGGUACUGGGUUCGGAUCCCAGUCGAGGCAUGGGAUUUUUAAUGCAGAUACCGACUCCAAAUCCUGAGUGAGUAAUC